AUGGGCCAAACUACCCCCUUCGAUCCGGCAUUUAAAACAGGAUCCAUUGAAGAAGCUCGCCAGGAAAUCAACGAACGCCAGGAUUUACGUCCACUUUCCGCAACUAUCACUUCACUAGCUCUCGUUCAGUGCAUUGAAGAAACAGACCGCCGUAAUCUUUCCCGUCAAGUCGAUGCCUGCCACACAUUGUAUCCUGUGGAAAAAAUCAGUGUCCACGAGGUCGCGGGAGCAACGGUAGCUGUGACACCUGCCAGGUUCGGUCAGAAGCUGAACGUCGUCAGGGGACUCGGAAUGAGAGGUCCAGUCAGUGGCGACGACCUGCGCAGGAUUGAACUAUUGUACUCUGAUGUCGGACUAUCAACGACAAUUGACCUAUGUCCAUACGUUGAACAGAGUUUGCUCCAACUUCUUGCCGCUAGGGGAUACAAGGUCAAGCUCUUCAUGAACGCUUACAUCCGCUCUCUCGACGACAUCGAUAUCCAUAACAUCGUCGAUGCGCCAUCUGCUGAUCGCCAAGAAGAUAUGAGCGUCGUCAUCUCCCCAGUCAAGCAUGAUGAGCACGAAGAAUUUGUGCGGUGCUCCGUGGACGGAUUUCGUGAUAACGGCCGCUCGACGGAGCUUCUCGGAACCCUGGCACGCGUCGCCAUACGGAGAGCUGAUACAUCGCUUUAUUUCGUGAAAGUCAACGGUGAAGCCGCGGGCACGGGGGCGAUGGCGCUAAUUGACACGGAUUAUGGCAGGGUGGCGUAUCUCUACCUUGAUAGUACAAUUCCUAAAUAUCGUGGCAGAGGUCUUCAUAUCGCGCUCGACCGGGAACGCUUAUUGGAUGCGCGCAAGUUGGGAUGCCACCUGGCUGUCGUUACAGUCAAGAUGGGAAAUGCGAGUGGGAGAAAUGCUGAGCGCCUAGGGUUUCGAGUUGCGUAUACGAAGGCUUACUUUCAAAAAGAGCUCUCAUUUACCGAAGAACUUAAAGAAUAA